UUUCUAAAUGUGAUUUGACAGAAAACCCCUACACAAUAUCGAACUUAUGAAUAUGUAAUUGUGCAAAAAAAAAAAAAUAGUGACGUCAUGAGUCUACACACCUUACAGUUAACACAUUAGUGAGGGGUCUCCUUACGAUACAUAGACUUUACUUUACUCUUGCAGUCUACAAUUGAACAAAUUGGGAGUACAACGGCACAACGCCAUUUCGAAAGCUCCUUGACUCCUUGAGUUUGACGUAAAGGUCGAAAUCCUAACCUUUUUUUUUUCUCCAUUUCUGAACUCUUCCGUGAAUGGAAAUACCAUUUUAACAAAUGCAAGCGGACUUAUUGACACAUCCAUACAUUUCAUUCGUGAAGGAUUUCUUGAAACAUAAAGUGAAUUCAUGUUUCUGCAUUUAGUUCUGUUUGAACAAGCAUAUUCUACACAUUUACAACACAUACAGUGAAACCAGUUAUCAUACUGGCUUUGUCAAACCCUAGUUUUUGCCACAAUAUUAGACAUUUUCACGUAGCUAGGACGUUACGGUCUUAUGAUGCAUCGCAUCAAGGGCCUUUUGCUACGUUAUUCAAAGUGCCAUUCCUUCCAUGAGCUGCCAGCAUUUUAUCGCAGUUAUGCAACUACUUCAGGCUUAUGGGGUGCCUGGGAACAUGGUCAAGGAAGGAAUCUUAGCACUCAAGUGGCUGCUGAGCCUUUCAUGAAUGGCAGCUCCUCUGCUUACAUAGAGGAUAUGUAUGAGGCUUGGCAGAGAGAUCCCAACAGUGUCCAUAAGUCCUGGGAUGCAUUCUUUAGACAAACUGCCAAAGGUGCUCCUCCUGGACAGGCCUAUUCUGCUCCACCAACACUUCGGCCAGCCACCGGGCUUGUGCCUUCACCAUUACCUCGUCAUGCAGUAGAACAAGGUUUACCAGUGGAUGAAAAGACUAUUGAAGAUCACCUGUCUGUGCAAUCAAUAAUUCGCUCAUAUCAGACAAGAGGCCACAGUAUCUGUGAACUAGAUCCCUUGGGUAUAUUAGCAGCAGACCUGGAUACUGAGAUACCAAAAGAUCUUCUAAUAGAGUCUUAUAAUUUGGGUGAAGGUGACCUUGACCGUGUCUUCCGCUUGCCCCACACAACCUACAUUGGAGGCAAUGAAGCUGUUUUGCCCCUCAGGGAAAUCAUACGUAGGCUACAGAAUGUGUAUUGUCGCUCAAUUGGUGUGGAGUUUAUGUUUAUCAACAACCUUCAGCAGACAGACUGGAUCAGGCGUAGAUUUGAGACACCAGGGAUCAUGCAGUUUAGCAAAGAAGAGAAAAGGUUGAUAAUGGCAAGACUUAUAAGAUCCACAAGAUUUGAAGAGUUUUUAGCCCGCAAGUGGUCCUCAGAGAAACGUUUUGGUCUUGAAGGUUGUGAAGUGCUCAUUCCAGCAAUGAAGACAAUCAUAGAUGCUUCCAGUGCCCUGGGAGUUGACAGCUUCAUCAUUGGGAUGCCACAUAGAGGUCGACUGAAUGUGCUGGCUAAUGUCUGCCGUAAACCUUUGGAAAAAAUCAUUUGUCAGUUUGAUUCCAAAUUGGAAGCAGCAGAUGAAGGUUCUGGAGAUGUCAAGUACCAUCUGGGCAUGUCACAUGAGAGGCUCAACAGAGUUACCAACAAAAAUAUUAAGAUUGCUGUAGUAGCUAAUCCCUCACACUUAGAAGCUGUAGAUCCUGUAGUACAGGGCAAGGCUAGAGCUGAGAUGUUUUACAGGGGUGACACAGAUGGCAAGAAGGUCAUGCCAAUGCUUCUCCAUGGUGAUGCAGCUUUUGCUGGUCAAGGAAUUGUCUAUGAAUGUCUUCAUUUAUCUGAUUUGCCUGCAUUCACUACCCAUGGUACAAUUCAUAUAGUUGUCAACAAUCAGAUUGGUUUCACAACUGACCCACGUUUCUCCAGAUCCUCCCCCUACUGUACUGAUGUAGCUCGUGUGGUGAAUGCACCUAUAUUCCAUGUUAAUGCUGAUGAUCCUGAGGCUGUCAUUUAUGUUUGUAAAGUAGCUGCUGACUGGCGGGCUACUUUUGGAAAAGAUGUUGUCAUUGAUUUGGUUUGUUAUCGUCGGUUUGGUCACAAUGAAAUUGAUGAGCCUAUGUUCACUCAGCCAUUGAUGUACAAAAAAAUUGCUAAGCAACCAACAGUGCUUGUCAAGUAUGCUGAACAUCUCAUUAACAGUGGUGCUCUGGCUCAGCAAGAAUAUGAGGAAGAAAUAUCCAAGUAUGACAAGAUCUGUGAGGAGGCCUAUGGGUUAGCCAAGAAGGAAACAGCAGUCAGUAAUAUUGAUUGGUUGGACUCCCCCUGGAAAGGUUUCUUUGAAGGUCGUGACCCUAUGGUGCUACCAACUACAGGAGUUUCUGAAGAUGUUCUGAAACAUAUUGGCACUGUGUUCAGCACACCACCUGAGGAGUUUGUCAUCCAUGGAGGUUUGAAGCGUGUCCUCAAGUCACGUGCUGAAAUGGUUGCCGCACGUCAAGUUGACUGGGCACUGGGUGAGGCUUUGGCUUUUGGAUCAUUGCUCAAGGAAGGCAUUCAUGUGAGACUGAGUGGACAAGAUGUGGAGAGAGGGACAUUCAGCCAUCGUCACCAUGUUCUCCAUCACCAAACCAUUGAUAAAAAAACUGUAAUUCCACUCAACAACCUUUACCCUGAUCAAGCCACAUACACAGUCUGCAACAGUUCUUUAUCUGAGUAUGGCGUGCUAGGCUUUGAAGUUGGUUACUCAAUUACCAACCCUAAUGCGCUUGUCAUCUGGGAGGCCCAGUUUGGUGACUUUGCUAACACUGCUCAGUGCAUCAUUGAUCAAUUUAUUUCAAGUGGUCAAGCAAAGUGGGUGAGACAGUCUGGCAUUGUUUUACUUUUACCACAUGGAUUUGAAGGCAUGGGCCCAGAACACUCAAGUGCAAGAUUAGAGAGAUUCUUACAACUGAGUAAUGAUGAUCCUGACUAUUUCCCUCCUGAAGGAUCAAACUUUGAAAUCCAACAACUUCAUGAAACCAAUUGGAUUGUUGGGAACUUCACAACACCUGCCAACUUUUUCCAUGCAAUGAGGAGACAAAUUGCACUGUCAUUCAGGAAACCAUUAGUUGUUUGCACUCCUAAAUCAUUGUUACGUCUGCCUGAGGCACGUUCUUCUUUUGAUGACAUGAUUGAUGGUACACGUUUCCAGCGUCUCAUCCCAGAAAGUGGAAUCUCAGCUAAGAAUCCUGAGAAAGUCAAGAAAAUAAUCUUUUGUACUGGAAAGAUUUACUAUGAGCUAGUGAAGGAGAGAGAAACUAAAAAUCUUCAAGAAGAAAUAGCUAUCUCCCGUGUUGAACAGUUGACCCCAUUUCCAUUUGACUUAAUUAAGCAAGAGCUAGAGAAAUAUCCAAAGGCUAGAUUGUGCUGGGCUCAGGAGGAACAUAAGAAUGCUGGCGCUUGGAGUUACAUUCGACCUCGCAUUAAGACUGUCUUAAGAAAACAGGGAGUUUACAGAAAAGUAGAAUAUGCUGGACGCUUUUCAUCAGCUGCUGCUGCCACUGGUAACAAACAGAUGCAUCUGAUGGAACUCUCACAACUGUACGAAGCAGCUAUGGAUAUUUCACCAAUACCACUCAAGAACUAACUAUCUGCAUUGUCUUAGGUCUUUUUAAAGUUAAAAGAGAUUUUUUAAAAUAACAUUGAUAGAGCUAACAGUUUAAGAAUUCAAUAAAUUUGACUCUUAACUUUUUUGAUGCUAAAAUUAUUUAAAACUGUUUACAAACUGUUUCAGAAAUUAUUAUUCUUAAAGUAAAGCAAGUGUAUUGAAGACUUUCUGUGAGAAUAAAAGUCUUAAAUAAACUUUUGCCAUAGACAAUGUAUUCAUAAUUCUAUACUUUUAUUUUAUAUUUUAUCAAUCAGUUUGAGUUUGUUUUUGUUUGUUUUGUUUUUAAUGAUACGAUGCUACAUGUUCAGUCAGAUAAAUGUGAACCUCUCUAUAAAUAACUUGUGUAUAUAUUAUUGGUUUUUAAAACAUUUAUUCAUACUUUCUGUUUUAUGCAAAUCUUAUAUUCUUGGUAUGAAGGUGACUUUGUUGAUUGAGGUAAUGGCUUGACCCAACUAACCAUUUAGUGGACUGACAGAAUAGGACACACCACCAGACUUUUAGAACUAAUGGCUAAGUUCUCUUGUGUGCCUUUAAGUUGUGCAUCUCAUUGAUCUAUCCUCUUUUUUGUUUUCUUUUUAGUUUCGUAGAAUUAGAGGAGAGACUUCGUCUUGUUUAAUCUUUUUUUUUUUUUUUUUUGUAAUCAAGACAAUUGAAAAACAAAAGCUUGAUUUUGCUUGGUCUAGACACUUAUAAACAUUCUUUCUGUAUAGCUUUAUUUAAAAUAUUUACUUUUAGAAAUGUUCAACAUGUUGCCUUUCAUUGUGUAGGUUGACAUUCAUUGUUCUAGUUGACAUGAUUCAUUAUUACUUAGGUCAAAUUCAGUGAAUAAAAAGUUUAUAAUGUGUUUUAA